AUGUCUGGAAGGAAACGACAGCGAUCUACCCAGCACACGAGAUCUAGCCCUUCGCCAUCCACGAGUAGCUCCAGUACAAUUAUUGGGCAGUUUUAUGGACUUGGGGACGAGAAUGCACUCGAUAAUAUAUUCUCGUCUCUUCCACAGACGUUUUCGAGCCUCCCACGCCCUCAUGCCUCACAGCGUCUGCAUGAACUUACUUGGGCCCUUCGUUCUGAUCACGAGAUUUAUCUCCAGAAUGACUUCUCCCGUGAACGAAGACGAAUCCAGAGAGUCAGAGCGCUUGUACCGGGCCCAGAACCUGACCCAUUCGCCUCUGAACCGCCCGAAUCGCCUCCACUCCCCCAGCAACCACCAACAAGAACAAAGGCCGAGUUUGAGUCCGCAAUGAGUAUAGCACGACAUGUCAUCGGCGAAGGCCGAAGGUUAACCAUUGAUCUUGCUCAAUCAUACGAACGAGUACAGGCUUGGCGAGAGAGAUGGGGAUGGUCACCCAUAAGUUCAGAAGCAUACGACUCUCCGCCACCAUGCUCUCCACCCCAUACGUUGCCAACGCAGCCGCUCCAAGCAUCACCAACGCCACAGACUGUCAAUUUAUCACCCAUACGGAAAUCUCUAUCCCCGGCCCCGGAGCCAAUCCCGAACCCCGUGAUACCUGGCGACCCAGCACCCUCGGCCGAAGCUCUCUUUAAUACUGUAAAUACAUUUGCGAAGGAGAACGGCUUUGGGAUUGUUCGACGGAAUCAAUACGCUUUUAAAGGGCGAGUAAUUAGAUAUUCCUUUCAGUGUGACCGCUUUGGACAACCUCGGGCUUCAGAAGGCACCGGUCUUCGAACUCGAAAGUCCCGGAAGUGCGGAUGUCAAUGGAAAAUAACUGCUGAAUCUCUAGAGGAAGGGAAAUGGCUUCUCCGACAACACAAAGAUCCAAAACAUCAUCAACAUAACCACCAACCAAGUAUUACCCCGUCUGCUCAUCCGUCCCAUCGACGUCUUACUACACCAGUUAAAGCAACCAUCGAGUCAGCAAGUCGUCGAGUGGGCAUUCGAGCCAGUGAUGUAGCUGCUAUCGUUGAAGAACAAUUUCCUGAUACGACACUCCUACGGAAGGAUAUUUAUAACACCCGUUCACUCAUUAACCGGGAGAAACUCCAUGGCUACACACCUACCGCAGCAUUAAUUAAACUUUUUCAUGAGAAGAAUAUUCCAUAUCUUGCAAAGUGGGCUGAUGAUGAUCCGGAUAGGCUACUGGGCCUCGUCUGGACUUUCCCCUACUGUUUACAAAUGUGGAAGCGCUUCCCCGAGGUUAUCAGUUUUGACAACACAUACAAUACCAAUCGAUUCAAGCUUCCAUUAUUCCAAGCUACUGGUCAAACCUGUCUGAAGACAGUGUUUAAUGCUGCAUUCGGUUCAAUAGAUAAUGAAAGGAGAGAAGGAUUUCAAUUCUUGGCAGAGAGCAUAAAAGAACUUCUUACAAAACACUCAAUUAACCAACCAGAUGUCAUUAUCACAGACUUCGAUAAGGCCAUGAAAGCCGCUCUUGAUGACCAGUUCCCAAAUCCCGACCACAACUGA